AUGGCCUCGAAAAAAGCUGUCGUUGCCCUGCGUCCGGCCGCCAAUGGUCUUGUGCCGCUGGUUUGGAGGCCAGAAUGCUCGCGCGUCGCAAGUUACUCCACAAGAUCGCGCGCAACCCCAGCCCCACGUCCCCGCAACCUCACACGCCUAUCGCAGCAACACGUCCGAUAUGCUUCGUCGGAGACUGCAAGCGAGCAGCCAGCAAAGACGGGCUUGUACGAGCUUCACAGCAAGUAUGGCGCCAAGUUUGUGCCAUUUGGCGGCUAUGCCAUGCCAGUCCAGUACAGCGAUAUGAGCAUCAUCGACUCACACAACUGGACACGCGAGAAGGCCAGCUUGUUUGACGUUGGACAUAUGGUCCAGCACCACUUUUCCGGGCCAGGCGCCGAGGCCUUCCUCGAGAGCAUAACACCCUCGUCGCUAUCUACAUUACCUGAACGCCAGUCCACCCUGUCUACGCUGCUACACUCUACAGGCGGAAUUGUUGACGAUACAGUCAUCACCCGUCUGCCCGAUCGCUUCUACGUAGUCACAAAUGCCGGCUGCAGGGAAAAGGACACUGCCUACUUCAAGACACAAUUAGAAGCCUGGAAGAACGCACACUCCGACCAGCCUGUAGAGUGGAACAUGCUCGAUGGACAGGGUCUUGUUGCCCUCCAGGGUCCGUUAUCUGCUGAGAUACUCUCUCGCGUUCUAGACGACAAGUCCAAGCAGGAUCUCCAGUCGCUGUAUUUUGGCCAAUGCGCAAACGCUGUCAUCAAAGGCACAGAUGCUCAAGUGCUCGUCAGCCGGGGCGGAUACACUGGUGAAGAUGGUUUCGAGAUUAGCAUCCCUGCCUACGCCACCGAGGCCGUAACACAGUUCUUGCUGGACUCUGCCAAAGACGAGCUGCGUUUUGCAGGUUUGGGUGCGCGCGACACGCUGAGACUAGAGGCCGGCAUGUGCCUGUACGGCCACGAUCUUGAUGACACGACCACGCCAGUCGAGGCCGGACUAUCCUGGAUCAUCGGCAAGGACCGCCGUGCAAAGGGCGGAUUUCACGGCGACUCCGUUAUCCUGCAGCAGCUCAAGAAGAAGUCUGAAGGCGGCGGUGUAUCACGGCGUCGCGUGGGUCUUGUCGUAGAGGGAUCGCCUGCCAGAGAGGGUGCCGAGAUUAUCGACGAGGCUGGGGAAAAGAUUGGCACCAUCACAUCUGGCUGUCCUUCGCCUACAAUGAAGAAGAACAUUUCCAUGGGUUAUGUCAAAGAUGGUAUGCACAAAGCAGGGACCGAAGUACAGGUUGUCGUGAGGGGGAGGAAAAGGAAGGCUGUCGUGACCAAGAUGCCUUUUGUUCCUAGCAAAUACUUCAAACAGCCGGCAAACAUCAAGGCGUAG